AUGGCUCCUACGGCAGAUGUCAUGUUUCCCACUGAUAUCCGGAGUUUCAGAAACCCGGAUUUAGUGGAGGAAUACUACUCUCCUGGGCUUCGAACUCGAUUUCACAUCGAUGGCUUGAAGUUGGCGGAACCUCCAGCAAUCCCAACGAAAUACGCAGAUAUCCAUUAUGAUAUUGACGAGGAUAAGUAUCGUGCUAGGGAGGCGGCUCGUCGACAGGCUGGGGACCUCGAGACCAAAGUCCCGGAGGAUUGGCCCACGAAACUAGAAGGGCCUCUUGUCUGGGACCAAUCAAGCUUCAAAGACGAGUCACAGUACAUAUAUCAUCUCACUAGCGAGGACAAGGAGGAAAUAAACAGUGGCCUGGCUUAUUUCAAAGACCAGGGGCUGGACGGUGAGGCAAUCACAAAAGCGACGUUCCCUCUACCUAAGCUCGGUGCACACCUCGACCAGAUCUGCCAAGACGUAUACCGCGGACGCGGAUUCUCCAUCGUACGAGGGCUUGACCCAGAGGCGUACUCUUUGGAGGAUCUCACAAUCGUCUAUCUUGGCAUAUCUAGCUACAUUGCUGAACGCCGUGGAAAGCAGGACCAGAGAGGUUCGAUGCUCCUCCAUGUGAUCAAGCGUAAUGACGUGGAUGAUCAGUAUGGCGAAGACAAGCCAUUUCAUACCGACACUGUCACGGAUACACUUUGCCUAUUCACACGUAGCCUUGCAGUUGAGGGAGGUCGAAGUAUCCUAGCCUCUUCCUGGACCGUGUACAAUGAACUCGCUGCUACACGGCCGGAUUUGAUCCACGUUCUAGCUAAGCCAGACUGGCCAUUUGAUACGUUCAGCCGGGACCCGCCUUACUACAAACGGGCUCUCCUAUAUAACUACGACGACAAGAUUCUCAUGUCCUUCGGCCGACGUCUACUCUGUGGACACCCACCCUUCGACCCUCGCACACCGGGGAUUCCCGGCCUUACAGAAGCGCAAGCCGAGGCGCUCGAUGCAGUGCACUUCGUCGCCAAGAAAUUCGAGAUCAAGACAACCAUGGAAAAGGGGGAUAUACGAUUUGUGAACAACAUGGCUGUCCUUCAUAGGCGCGAGGCCUUUCGUAACGACGGCGACACUUACCGACACCUCGUUAGGCUGUGGCUUCACAACGACAAGGAAUGCUGGCGUUUGCCGCGCUGCCUCCGAGUUGCGUGGGCGAGAGUUUUCGAGGACGAGGAGAGGACGUCUUUCUGGGAUCUGGAGCCGCCUAAGAAGGAUGGCAUAAUCCUGCGUGUUGCUGGAUCCUGCGACUAA